AUGGCCAAUCAGAAUCAAGAAUUAAAGAACAGGGAUGUACAGAAAUGGAUCCGAAGUGUGGAACAAUCUUCUGCAUUUGCAGAAAAUUGUGAGCAAAUGAUGGAAGGAAAUCAGCAAACGGAACUACCAAUUCCAAAGAGAGACCAUCAAGAAAGGAUUGCUAUAGAGACACAAACUGAUUGGGAAUGGGUCAUAAGUGCAGUUGCCAAUCAGUCAUUGAAAGAGGAGGAGAGGGAAGAGAUGGUAGAAGAAGAGGAGUCAGAGGAGUCGGGAGAACAAGAUUCAUCUGAUGAUGAUGAUGAUGAUAAUGAUGAUGAUGAAAGGCUUUUGUCUUUUAAUUCCACAAAGUCUUCAGAAUUGAUUUCCUCCUCCACACCCCCAUCUGUGCGGGAAGUUGCUACCCCACCUUGCUUACCAAAUGUGGGCCCACCUAAAAUUUUGCAGUAUUGCCGUGAAUCUGAAAAAGAUAUUGUGAACAUCAAGGAGAACAAGGUCAGUAUUGUUCUGACAAAAAACUCGAUGGGAUUAUGUGAGUUCUGUGAAAAUCCCACAAAACCAUUACCAACCUUAGAACAGGAAUCAACACAGUGUCCUGAAGAACUGUACUGCUGUGAAGAAUACCAGAAAUUCCUGGAAAUGGUAUUGCAAAAUGAAACUGAAGAAGCACGUCUGAGAUUGGAGAUUGAAAAAUCAACCAAGGAAUGUUUGAAAUCUGGGAAAAGUCCACCCAAAACAAAAAUUCUCAACAAAAAAGAAUUGAAAAACAAAGUCAAGGCUCGUGAAAUGAAAUUAAAACAAAAACAACAAGAAAGCUUUCAACAACAACAACAGCAACAACAACAAAUUCCACCCCAAGGAUACCACACCACCCGUCAGAUGAACACCAUUAAUUAUCAGCUGUCUUCCCGUCGUUGCUUGGAAGAAGGUUGGACUGUGAGGACCCCUUAUUUAGAGCAGUUAGAUUUUGAUGGUGACAUUUUUGAAGUGGAACCUGGAAAAAGGAUAGCUCUCUGGCGAGGGGCUGAGAGCAUUUCAGAAGGACCUUUGGAGAAAUUUUAUGACAUUGGACACAAAUUUUUCACAAUUUUUGCAGAUGGAACUGGCAAUAUUUUUUAUCCAUCAGGUUGUCUGGCUGUUUUGAUUACUGCCACCCAGCCUUGCCAUUUUACUUAUGUCAUCUACCAUGAAGCAACUGUGAAGAGACGAGUGGCAGCCAUAUUUGAACACACAGGUUAUGGGACUUGCUACCAUGCCAAUGGGAAUGUCAGACUGUAUAUUGAUCCCAGUGGUGGUGUAGAGGCUGAUGAGGGAGGAGUCAUAAAACGAAGAUGGCAUUGGCAUCAGGCAGGCAGUCACGUGCAUGCCCCACCCCUACAACCAAUCCAUAUAGCUCUCAACAAAUUCAUUGGCAUCAAAGUUGUCUCUCAAUGUAACAUUCAACUAAAUUUCAUUGCCAAACGAAGAAGCUGCAAAAUCAACAUGGGGGUCAAUGUUAAGCCUGUCAAUGUCUUGAAGCCAACAUCAGUUGUAGAUGAAAACCAUUUCUACCUUGAAGACAAAAAGGCGAACAUUGAAUGUCUUUUAUCGAAAGUGAGGAAUUUAAUCCAGUAUGGUCAUUCUCCCAAAUUGAAACGAAUCCUGCCUCCAAUUUACUUGACCAACAAAACAUCAAAAUUGCAGCAACAAGCAAAACAACUGACUCACACCAAAAAAAGGCCAAAGGUCAUUGUGAGAUCUGAAAUUCCUUCAUACCUUUGA